AUGGAUAGGGAAAAACUAGCGUGGGCGGGACUAAGUAUCGUCUCGGUGGUUUUCUUUUUGUACAUACAAAACUCGUCACCGCGCCGCAGUCGAGGACUUCACCGGCCACGUGGAACCCGCGCGUCCCCUCCUCGGCCCGUACCAAAUAAAUACCGUAGCGGAAGUACACCCGGAACAGCAGCGUGCCGGAGCGAGGGCUCCCGAAGCGUCGUGUCUUCAAGACCCGAGCGUACAAAUGGCCUCACAGCAACAAGUAACAAUACAUUCAGUAGUAAACAUGAGCCAUCUGCUCAUCCGCAGGAAUCCCGCACAAAUGGCGAGAACACUCCCGCCAGGCAUCCUCACUGGCUUACUCGCAUUAGCGGAAGUGGUUUGAACAGUGCCGCAAGAUCACGGCGACCCUCCACUGCCACAGCUCCUUACAUGAACGAGACCCCACAGAGGCGGGAGCGGGGAACACAAACAACCGAUGCCGCGUUUCGAGUGGUUAACGAAAAUGAUGCACUCGUGCAAAUGGUGAGUACUGAUGCUCUUCGAUGCAUUAGCCCCAUUCCACGGCAGGGCAAGGAAACACCUUCACCUUUGUCGCAAGAUGUUGACUUAUGCCUCGGCUACUCAUUGCUUGGUGGAGAGAAGUUGCCGUCAUUUCUUCUUUCUCCAGCGUUGGAUGGCGGAGUCGCAAGGGAGCUGAUGGAACUUAUCGAGGCAGUACAAAACCCGGAAGUUGAUCCAAAAGAGUGGCUUGAACUUUAUAACUUCCUGACAGAGCUCCCUCGCAGUGUCUUGUGCCACAUACUGAAGACAAGAAAGAUACCAGAACUUGCACCACCACUUCUCACAGCACGGUCACCUCAAGACAAACGUUUAACGCAUCUCAGCCGGUUGCAGCAGGAGGUCUUUUGUCUAUUGAGGGGUGAGCGCGGUCGCUAUUCGAAGAUCGGGCGCUUUGCGAUGGACGAGAGGGAGGCCAUCAUCAUAUGGUGUCCCGCCGAAGGCAAAGCCACAAAAUAUGAAAACCAAUUUCACCAGUUUACAAUACUUUCGAGCGAUGAUGACGACAGUGAGGAUAAAGAUAAUGCUGAUGACUUAAAUGGCUCACCACAAUGUGUGAGAGUGGCGGAAGCCGUCGAGAAAAUUUUAUUGCGUCGCCGACGGGCUAAGAUGCCCUCGUCGGCAACUCAGUUUCCCGAAUCUUCGUCCGUUUCAGGUGGGGAAACCAUGUGGUAUACCAACUCAUCGUUUGAGGAGGCUGAAGUGGCAACUCUGCUGAAACAACUGAUGAAGCUGCGGCACCACGAAGCGUUUUCUGUUCUGCAGCGGAACGGUACGGAUUAUUCCUUUAUACUCAACCUCUUGAGCCUAUCUACAAAUGCUCAGAGUAUGCUCGAACGGUCCAUUUUGAAGAAAAAACAGCGGGCCCGUGCCAAAGUGGGCGCGCCCUCGUCAUCCACCUCUUCUCCAUCCAUUACACCGUCCGGUAAGUCGGGUGUGAAACCACAUGAGCAGGUUGGCACACGCUCUAACGGAAUGAGCAAACAUACGGAUGUGCGGCAAUAUGAGGAGCCGAACUUAAACGAGGAGUUGAGCAUUCUGCUAGACAAAACCCCCUCAAGCUCUUUUAAUGAUGGCAAGGAGGGGUUCAUGGUUUCAAAAAAAUUAUUCGGCUCGGAGAGAAAUGGCGAACGCACACCCCGUCGCAAGGGAGUGCACGAGCAUUAUGCACGUGUUUCCACUACAUCAACAGUCCCAUCACCUUUGGAUAACAUCGUUGACCAUAAAAUUCUACCGUAUGGUCGCAUGAAUACUCACGCUCAUGUGGAAAUGAAUGGUGACAACAGCAUCUCGUCUGGGGAGGGCAGUAAUUUCCGUCAAAAGAAAAGCGUUUACGACCGCCUUUAUACGCCACCAAAGAAAACUGUGAAACCCGCCGCAACAACUUCAUCGUGGGCAAAAGCACCGUUUAACGUGUAUGUGUAA